AUGGGGCUUCGGAGGCUCUUUCGCAGUCAUGUGCCAGUAGAGAAUCCGCAAGGGAGCAAUGAGCGCUCUCCAGAUGAAAGGGCUCUCGUCCGACGCCUGGAUGCGUUUCUCUUAACAUUUGGGUGUCUCUCCCAAGUUAUUAAAUAUCUUGAUCAGCAGAAUAUCAACAAUGCAUAUGUUUCGGGGAUGAAAGAGGACCUCCAUUUAUAUGGGAAUGAGUUGAAUCUGUUCACAACGUACUUCAACGCGGCAUACUGCGUGAUGCUGAUUCCUUCACAAAUCAUCUUGACCUAUGUUCGCCCGAGCUUAUGGCUUCCUGGUUUGGAGAUCCUCUGGGGCUUAUUCACCGGUCUAAUUGCGAUGACGACAAGCGCUAAGCAGGUCUACGGACUUCGAGUCAUUCUUGGCCUCUGCGAGAGCAGUUCUUGGCCCGGCAUGAUGACUUUACUGAUGUACUGGUACACGCCAACUGAACUUGCCAAGCGUAUGGGCUUUUAUCACUCAUGUCAAGCCGUUGGACAGAUGAUGUCAGGUGCCAUACAAGCAGCAAUUACCAAUACACUUGAUGGGCACAAUGGACUAGCAGGUUGGCGCUGGCUUUUUGUGAUCAACGCUAUUAUCACGGUAGUGUGGGGAUUUGCUGGAUUCUUCAUGAUUCCAGACUUACCCAAUCAUCCAAAUCCGCGAGCUUUCUGGUUUAACGAGACUCAUGCUCGACUAUCGCGAGAACGGUUGGCACGUCAUGGUCGCGCUGAGCCAAAGAAAAUGACCUGGGCUGGUGCCAAGCGAGCUUUCUCCAGCUGGGUGAUAUACUUCAUCACAGUUCUUUACAUUGCGAGUGUUCUAGGAACAUAUGGAUAUGUAUAUUUUUCACUGUUCCUAAAGUCACUGAAGAAACCAGAUGGGACCCCAAGAUGGACAGUGACACAAGUCAACACAAUUCCAAUUGGGGGCUCCGCCAUCAACGUUGUUUUUGUCUGGAUAUGGGCUCUUCUAUCCGACUUUUUGCGCACACGAUGGACUCUCAUCGUCUCCCAAGGUAUUAUUGGUAUCAUUCCAUGCAUCAUUAUGAGUAUUUGGACUACUCAUCCUGAUUCUGUACCGAUAUCUGCUGCUUACGUAUCUUAUUUUGUUUCUUUCAUUUGUCUGGGCACGGCUCCAUUGAUCUUCGCCUGGCUGGCUGAUUUGAUUCCGCAAGACCCUGAAGCCCGCACUCUCAUUGUUGGCGUAUCGGUUGCUGGGUACUAUGCUAUCUCUGCGUGGUCACAAGUACUGAUAUGGCCAGCUUCCCAAGCACCUUAUUAUAAGGUUGGUUGGCAGUCAGCGCUUGCACUUCUGGUUCUUUUGAUUAUCAUGACGGGCGUGCUGCGUUUUAUCGACGUUACUUAUCUUCUGCCGGAGCGCGCUGCCUUUGACUCUGCAGAGGCUCAGGACAUGGGGCGCGAAGAGGGCAUUUUGGUACUACCCAGUGAUGACGAUGGCUAUGGACAAGUGCCAGAAGGGGAUAGAAAGCUCCCAGGGAUCUCUUCCAGUGCCCAGGCGCUGAAAUAA